GCCCUGCCCUGGGGGUGCCCUCUGGCCUAGGGCCUGUCCCUCAGCAGGGCAGGGGCAGGCCCUGACCUGCUGUGCCCUGCCCUUGCAGUUGACAUGGACGAUGAAGACGGCAGGUGCCUGCUAGAUGUCAUCUGUGAUCCUCAAGCCCUGAAUGAUUUCCUCCAUGGAUCUGAGAAGAUCGACAGCGACGACCUCCUGGACAACUCCGGCGAUGCAGCCAGCGCCUUCUUCGAGGGGGCUGGGCUGCACGUCCAGGAGCCCUCGGGCAACCACCUGAGCAGCGAGCAGACUCCUGCCGGCGCCAGCGUGGACCUGGACUUCCUGGAGGAUGACAUCCUGGGGUCCCCCGCGGGGGGCGGCGGCGGCGGCAGCCUGCCGAGCUCGGAGCAGCCUUGCGACAUCCUGCAGCAGAGCCUGCAGGAGGCCAACAUCACCGAGCAGACCCUGGAAGCCGAGGCCGAGCUGGACCUGGGCUCUUUCCAGCUGCCCACCCUGCAGCCGGUGGUGCAAGCCGGUUCCGACGGCGCCCCCCAGAUCUUCUCCGGCGGCGCCGACCUCAUCGGCUUGCAGCAGCCUGCGGUGCUGACUCACCAAGCCCUGGUACCCGGCGCCGAAGUGGUCAACAAAGCCAUCAGCGUCCAACCCUUCCUGCACCAGGUGGGGCUGGGCAACGUCACCAUCCAGCCCAUCUCCAACCUGCAGGGCUUGCCCAACGGCAGCCCCAGCGGCGCCCUGGGCAUAGGUCCCAUCCAGGUGGUGGGGCAGCAGGUGAUGGCCAUCAACCAACCCGCCCAGCAGAUCAUCACCAAGCAGGUGCAGCCCUCGCCGGUGGCCACCAUGCCGGUGGGGAGCUACAUCACCCAGCCCGCCCCCGAGCAGCAGCAGGUCGCCUUAGCCUCGGCCGCCGCCGCCGCCGGCGUCUCGCCGCAGGGCGCCGGUUUGGUCAUCCAGAAGAACCUCCCUGCCGUGGCCGCCGCCGCCGCCGCCGCCGCCACCACCACCCUGAACGGCAGCUCCGUCUUCGGCGGCGCUCAGGCCUCGCAGCCCCUCACCGUCACCUCCAACCUGAGCAGCCCCCUGGUGCAGGCGCAGAACGUCAUCAUCCACCGCACGCCCACCCCCAUCCAGCCCAAACCCGCCGGCGUCCUGCAGCAGAAGCUCUACCAGAUCAGCCCCAAACCCUUCUCCUCCGGCGCCGCCGCCACCACCACCCUGACCAUCCAGAGCGAGGCCGGGCUGCAGCCUCCCCCCAAGGCGCCGCCGCCGCAGAACCUCACCUUCAUGGCCGGCAAGCCCGGGCAGAACGUGGUGCUCUCGGGCUUCCCCCAGGGCCUCCCGGCCAACGUCUUCAAGCCACCGGCGCCGCAGCAGCAGCCGGCGCUGAGCAAGGCCAUGAGCGUGCAGCUGCUGAACCAGGGCAGCAGCAUCGUGAUCCCGGCGCAGCAUGUGCCGCCCGCCGUGCUGCAGGGCCAGAACCAGUUCCUGCUGCCCGGGCAGUUGGGGGCCUCUGCCGUGCAGCUGCCGCAGCAGCUCUCGGCCCUGCAAGCCGCCAACAUGGGCGGGCAGAUCCUGGCGGCGUCGCACCCGGCGGGGCAGGCGCACAUCAUCGCCAGCCAGGGGCCCGGCGGGCAGCUCAUCACCAACCAGAUCCUCACCAACCAGGGCUUGGCAGGGCAGCUGAACCUGGGGCCGGUGCUGACCUCGCCCAGCGCCGCGGGCACGGCGCACAUCCUCUCGGCGGCGCCCAUCCAGCUGCCCGGCCAGGUGGCACCCCCUACGCUCUUCCAGAUGCCCGUCUCGCUGGCGGGCAGCCUGGGGGGCACCCAGAGCCAACCGGCCGCGGCCGCGCCGCUGGGCCAGCCAGGCCCCGCUGUCAUCCAGGGGGUGACGCUGCCCAGCCAGGUCACCAUGCUCAACGCCGCCGACGGCCUCGGCCCCGCCGUCAGCAUCCAGGCUGCCGCCGCCGCCGCCGCCGCCACCUCCUCCAGCCAGAGCCCAGGCCUCGGCCAGCCCCAGCCGGCGGCCAGCGGCGGCCUCCUCUCCGGCGCCGCCGACUCCUCCAUCCUCACCGUCCAGGCCUCCGGCCAGACGCCGGCACCGCUCCAGCUCAACGUCCCUCCCCCGCCGCCGCCGCCGCCUCCCGCCCAGCCGCCAGGCAGCGCCCAGCCCAGCCCCGGCCUGGCCUCCAGCCCCGAGAAGAUCAUCCUGGGCCAGGCGGCCUCUGGCACCAUCAUCAACCAGGACUCCAUGCAGAUGUUCCUCCAGCAGUUGCCUGGAGGGCAGCAGAAGCUGCCUGGAGCCUCCUCCCAGUCCCCAGCGCUGGGGGACCCCCCCCAGCUGCCCCCCACCAGCAGCACCAGCAGCACCAGCAGCACCCCAAGGCCUCCAUCCCAACCCCGACCCCCAUCCCGACCCCAUUCCCGACCCCCAUCCCGGUCCUGCACCCCUCAGACCUCAGUCCCUGGGCUCUUCGUCAUCCAGAACCCACUGAGGUCUUCAUCCCCCAUGGGAGGAGGAGGAGGAGGAGGGGGAGGGGGUGGGCACCCCCCCCUGCGCCCCCCCUCCCAGCCCCAGUUCCCGGCGCAGGCUGAAGCGGCUCCGGCGCAGCAGCAGCAGCAGCAGGUCCAGGUCCAGCUCCAGGCUCCUGCCGAGCUGCAGCAUUCCCAAUCCCCACACUUCCAGCUCCAGUUUUCCACUCCAGCUGCCACCAUCAAACCUCCCACGCCCACCCACGGGGGGGGGCUUCACCAUCCCGCCUCGGCUGACCCACAGCAGCCCCCUCCCCCACCCAGGACCUUCCCCAUCAUCCCAAACCAAUUCCAGACCCUUCCCACCACCAUUCCCAACUCUGCUCCUCAACAGAAGCAAAUCCUGGACAGGUUCCAGCAGGUGCCCCAGGGCCUGAUCCUGCAGCCCAAGCAGCAACCUGCCAGCUCCAGCCAGGCCUCCCCAGUGCUCGCCCAGUUCAGCGCCGGGCAGGCGCCCGCUGGCACCGGCACCGCCACCACUGCCGCCGCAGGGCUGCCCACCCCAGGUCCUGGCGACACCAAAGCCUUCUCCAGCGCUUCCACGCCGGUGCCCAGCGCGAAGGUGCCCGCGGCCGGCGGCAAGCCCGGGACGGCGCUGGCCAUGGCACAGCCAGCACAGCCCAAGCCUGGCAUCGUCGGCUCCGUGCCAGGGCUGAGCCUGGCGAAGGGAGCCCUGCAGAUCCAGGUGGUGGGGAAGGGUCUGUCCCAGCUCGUGCCCUCUGUGCCCUCCGUGCCAGGCCAGCAGCUGCCCUUCGAGGGGAAGCUGGCACUGAAGAAGGCUCCAGCACUGCAGCCCAGCAAGGAAGCCUGCUUCCUGGAGCAGCUGCACAGGCAGCAGGGAGCUGUGCUGCACCCGGACUACAAACGCCCCUUCGGCUCGCUGCGGGACGCUCUGCAGCGCCUCCUGCCCUACCACGUGUACCAGGGGGCGCUGCCCACCCCCCGGGACCACCGACGAGUGGAUGAGGAGUUCGAGUUGGUCUCCACGCAGCUGCUGCGCCGCACCCAGGCCAUGCUCAACAAGUACAGGCUGCUGCUGCUCGAGGAGUCCCGGCGCGUCAGCCCCUCGGCGGAGAUGGUGAUGAUCGACCGAAUGUUCAUCCAGGAGGAGAAGACGAUGCUGGCGCUGGACCGGCAGCUGGCCAAGGAGAAGCCAGACGAAUACGUCUCCUCCUCCUCCUCCUCCUCCUCCCGCCACCAGAACCUCUCCUCCUCCACCUCUUGCUCCUCCUCCUCCACCUCCUCAGCCUCCUCCUCCUCCACGCCGACCUCGGACAACCCCAAGCUCCUUGCGGCGGCUCAGUCCAACGCUCCCUCCUCCUCCUCCUCCUCCCACCACCAUCACCACCACCACCAGCAUCACCACCACCACCACCACCACCACGCCCACCCUCCCCACCCCCCGACCAAGCUGGUGAUCAAGCACAGCGGAGGUUCGCCCUCGGUCAGCUGGGCCCGAGCCUCGCCGGCGCUGGACGGCGACGAGGAGGCUCUGCCCUCCCGCAGCAAGCCCCCGAUCAAGACCUACGAGGCUCGGAGCCGCAUCGGCCUCAAGCUGAAGAUCAAGCAGGAGGCAGGGCUCAGCAAAGUGGUCCACAACACCGCCCUGGACCCAGUCCACCAACCCCCGCCGCCGCCUCCGCCCCCACCGCCCUCCUCUUCCUCCUCCUCUUCCUCCUCCUCCUCCUCCUCCCCGGCCGCCGCCUGUCGAGUCAUCAAGAGCCCCGAGCCGCCCCCCGGCGCCGCCGCCAGCCUGGCGCAGAUGAACGGCACCGUCGACCAUGUGGCCACCUCCAUCGCCACCUCCAUCGCCACCACCACCGGCGGCGGUGGCGACAGGAAGCCGUCGGUGACCUAUUGCCGCCUGCCGCUGCGCAAGACCUACCGCGAGAACGUGGACGCGGUGGUGGCCUCCAGACCCUGCGAGGCCAAGAGGAGCAGCUCCAAAGCGGACAAACCUCCCCCCCCGCCGCCGCCUCCUCCUCCUCCUCCUCCGCCCACGCCGCUCCCCAAGCAGCAGCGGCAUCAGCAGGAGGACGACGACGACGACGACGACGACGAGGAGGAGGAGGAGGAGGAAGAAGAAGAAGAAGAAGCCUCCCGCAGCGUCAUCACCUCGCACCGCAGCUCGGACAGCCAGAGGAAGCGCUGCGAGGACAACAGCUCCAAGCUCCUCUUCCUCACCGCCGCCGCCACCACCACCACCACCUGCACCACCACCACCACCACCACCACCUGCCCCGCCGGGAGCGGCUCUCGCCCGACGGCUCCCCGGGACUGCGGCGAGGCAGCGGCGGCGGCGGCGGCGCCAGCCGAGGAGGACUCCGGCAGUGGCCUUAUGAAGGAGCUGGCGGCCGCCGAAGCCGAGUUCUACCGCGGGGUGCUGAGAGCCGAACCCCCCCCGGAGCCUGCCGGCGCCGAGCUGCCCUGGGAGGUGCCUCUGCCGCCGGCCAAGCGGCGCCGGCCCGAGGCGCUGGAGGUGGACGGUGCCAGCUUCUCCAGCGGCAGCCCCCAGGACGACUCCCUCAGCGAGCACCUGCAGAGCGCCAUCGACAGCAUCCUCAACCUGCAGCAGCCCAGCGCCGCCGCCGCCGCCCCCCAGCGGCCCCGGACGCCUUCCUCCUCCUCCUGCGCCUCCUCCUCCUCGCCUUUCUCCUCCCCCGGCCACCGCGCGGACUCCUGCCUGCCCCUGCCCCCCAGUCACAACGGAGGCCUCGGGGCCAGGACGUUGAACAGAUAACGAAGAGCCCCCGGGCCGG